AUAUCAAUGAUGUUGAAAAAUUCAAGCACUAUGCAAGGAUGAUGUUUGCCCCUUGUGUAAUAUAUGCAGACUUUGAGUCAAAAAAUAAAAAAUGUGAUGAGUCAUAUGGAGGAAGCAUGCGUAAACUUGGUGAGCAAGUACCCAGUAGUUUUUGCUAUACAGUUCAUUGGAUUGACACUGGUGAAGUAUGGGGGCCUUUCACUUACCGAGGUCCAAAUGCUACGCAUGAAUUUGUUAAAAGAAUGGAUAAAGAACUAGUAAAAAUUAAUGAAGUCUUAGCAAUCAAUAAUGAUAUUAGAGAUAAUAAAAGUAGUCCAGAAUACUUAAUAGCAAAGCAAAAAUUUGACGAAUCUACUGAAUGCUGGAUUUGUAAAAAGCCAUUAGAUGGUGAUAAGGUCUGGGAUCAUAAUCAUAUUACAGGUAAGUAUCGAGGUUCAGCUCAUAAUGAUUGCAAUCUCCAACUUCGAAUUCAACCAUGGAAAACACCAAUUCCAAUAGUGUUUCAUAAUUUUAGAGGCUAUGAUUUCCACUUAGUCUGUGAAUCAAUCGGCCGAUCUGUUAAUGCACACCAGAUAACAGUUAUUGCAGAGACUUUUGAGCGAUAUAAAAUGAUGAAGGUAGGGCAAAUGAAAUAUAUAGAUAGUAAUCAAUUUAUGUUAUCUAGCUUGGCCAAACUUGCAGAUAAUUUAGGUGCUGUCAAAUGCAAGGAUACAGACUGCGAGCAUUACCAUAGAAUAGAUAAAGACCAAUGUAUUGGAACUUUGGCGAAUCACAAAAUCACUAAGCAGUAUUAUGAAAAAAUAGGAUAUUCACCAGAGCAAAUAGCAUUGGUAUGUAGUAAAGGAGAACUUCCAUAUGAUUAUAUUGAUUCUGAUGAUAGAUUCAAUGAAACUGAGCUUCCUCCAAUUGAGGCGUUUGGUGGAAAACUUAAUGGCAAAAUCACUCAAGAAGCUUAUGAACAUGCCCAGAAAAUAUGGAAAAAAUUUGGAUGUAGAAACUUAGGUGAGUAUCACGACUUAUAUCUCAAAACUGAUGUGCUUCUUCUUACAGACAUCUUUACAAAAUUUCGAGAAACAUCUAUGAAACAUUAUGGUCUUGAUCCAGCUCAUUAUAUAUCUGCUCCUUCAUUAUCUUGGGAUGCAAUGCUUAAAAUGACUGGCGUAGAAAUCGAACUUUUCACAGAGAUAUCUAUGCAUGAUUUUAUUGAAAAAGCCAAAAGAGGCGGUAUUGCAAUGGCAGUACAUCGACAUUUCAAAGCUAAUAAUCCAAGAAUGGGUGAUGAAUAUGAUCCAUCACAACCUACAACAUGGAUUUCAUAUGUCGAUGCAAAUAAUCUUUAUGGAUGGGCUAUGAGUCAAUUUCUACCAAUUAGAAAUUAUAAAUGGUUUGCAACUAGAGCAGUUUUAAAUAAUAGAAAAGACUUGCAACGUAAUUAUCUUAAAAUGAUUUUAAAUACUAAAGCUGAUGCUCCACGAGGAUAUUUCCUAAAUAUUAAGGCCCAUUUUCCUAGCAAGUUACAUGAUUAUCUCAAUGAAUUACCGCCUGCAGUUGAGAAUGUUGCAAUAAAAAAGAACCAGCUUAGUCCUUAUAAUAAUAAGUUAGUAGAAGAUUUAGAUGGGGGUCGAUUUUCUGAGAUAAAAAAACUAGUCCCACAUCUUGGUCCUCGGGAAAACUAUGUAAUCCAUUAUCAAGAGCUUCAAUAUUACGUAAAAUUGGGGAUGGUUGUGGAUGAAGUAACUGAAAUACUUUCAUUUGAUCAAACUAACUGGCUUGCACCAUAUAUAAAAUUCAAUACAGAGUUGCGUCAAAAGGCUGAGAAUGAUUUUGAAAAGGACUUCUUCAAGCUUAUGAAUAAUUCAGUAUAUGGCAAGACCAUGGAAAAUGUUCUAUCCAAACCAUCUUUCAAGUAUGCUAGACAAUUAUCCAAUACACUUAUUGGCGCUCAUAUGGGACAAGCAUCUGUAGUUCUCAAUAAACCAAUUAUUGUUGGUGCAUCAGUCUUGGGACUUAGUAAGUUAUUAAUGUAUCGAUUCUGGUAUGGAUACGUAAAAGAAAAAUAUGGCAAUAAAGCCAAGCUUGGGUAUAUGGAUACAGAUUCAUUUAUAUUUAUAACCGAGACUGAAGAUAUUUAUAAGGAUAUGUCAGAAAGACCUGAUAUUUUCGAUCUUACUGAUUCCAAAACUAUUGGCCUAUUCAAGGAUGAGUGUCCAGGUAAAAUAAUAACUGAAUCUAUCCAUAUUCGAGCCAAAACAUAUCACUAUACCAUUUCAGAUGGAUCUACUAGAUCAAAGCAUAAAGGGGUCAGCAAAUUGGGUAUGAAUAAAAUGGCUACUAAUACGUACUUCCCAUCAUUAGGUGGUUCAUUGUUAGAUGAUUCAAUCCCCCCAAAUAAGAUAAUUGAUCCAAUGACCCUGGUAUAUCGGGAUUGUCUCUUUGGAAAUGAGGUAUUCUAUGCCAAGAAUAUAGGAUUUCGAUCAAAAGACCAUAUAUUAUCAAUGGUUGAAUCCGAGAAAAAGGCUCUAUGUCCUCUUAAUUCAAAGAACUGGGUAUUAUCAGAUGGAAUUACACCUUGGGCAUAUGUUCAUUGGAGAAUUGACGCUUACAAAAGUAUGGUUAAAGCUGGUAUGUCUCCAGAGUUGGCCGAAAAAAGAGCAAUAGUAGCUCAGCAUCAUCCAACAUUAGAAAACAAGUAUAUGGAAAAAAUCUAG